CCUCUGAGGGCGAUAAUGGCGGGCGCGGCCCUGGCGCUGAGGGCGGGGCGGGCCCGCGCAUGCGCCCCAGCCCCGCGCUGCGUCUCGGGCGCUGUGAAAGAGCGGAGCGGGCGCUGCCGCGGCCCCGCCGCCGUCAUGGGGCCGCCGCCGCUGCUGCUGCCGGUGCUGCCGGUUCUGGUGCUGUGGGGGCUCGGCGGAGCGCGGGCUGAGGACGCCUGUGAUGCUCCAGCCAGGCUGAUAUAUGCAGAGCUGGAGGAGAAGUUCAGAGGAACAGAGAGUUUUCCUGUUGGAAGUCAAGUCUCCUUCAUCUGCCGGCCGGGAUAUAUGAAAAUCCCUGGAAAAUCCUUAACUCUUACGUGUGGUCCUGACUUACAGUGGGCACCCAAAGAGCAGUUCUGUACAGAGAGAAGAUGUAAGCACCCAGGAGAAUUAGCAAAUGGUGUUGUUGAUGUGACAGAUCUUACAUUUGGUUCAACUGCUACUUUUUCUUGUCGAGAAGGAUACAGGUUAUUUGGAAACCAGCAGGUUACCUGUGUAAUUAGGAAUGAAGGUGUUGAUUGGGAUCGUGAGAUGCCUUUCUGUGAAGUGAUUCCCUGUGAUCCCCCUCCCAGCAUUGCCAACGGGCACCACACGGAAGCUGCCAACUACGUGUAUCAGACUGCAGUGAGCUACUCCUGUGAUGAUGUCCCAGCAGGCUCACAUCCCUUCUCCCUCAUCGGCUCAGAUACCAUUUUCUGCACAUCUAAUGAGCACUCAAAUGGAGUUUGGAGUGGGCCACCUCCACAAUGCAGAGUGGUCAAAUGUGAAAACCCGAGAGUUAAAAAUGGGUACAAAAUAUCUGGAUUUGAGUCUUCCUAUACUUACAAGGACUCAGUCCAGUUUGUGUGUAAUCCAGGCUAUUACAUGGUUGGAGAAGAUAUAAUUUCCUGUGCAGAAGAUAACACUUGGUCUCCUCCAAUACCAACCUGUGAGAAAAAUGUAUGUGGUGCUCCAGAGGUCACAAACGGAGCUGUGGUUCCGCUGAAAUCUGUCUAUAAUGAAGGAGAGUCUGUUAAAAUAAAGUGCAAUGCUCGCUGCUCUUUUCCUGAUGGCACUAAAGAGGUGACAGUGGCUUGUCAGGGACAGAAGACAUGGAGUUAUUUUCCAGAGUGUAGAUGUGGGCCUGAAAGUCCUGGUUCCACUCCAGGCACAAGUCCUGGUUCUAUUCCAGGCAUAAGUUCUGGUUCCACUCCAGUCAUAAAUUUUGGUAGAGUAGUUGUGGGACAAAAGCCUUCCUAUGUUGUGGGGGAUUGUAUUACCAUUGAAUGCUACGCAGGGUACACGUUACAAGGUGAAGCUGAAAUUCGGUAUAUGGGAGGAAACCAGUGGUCUCCUGGAGUGCCAACCUGCCAGCUGAGUGGAUAUGUCAUAGCCUGCAUCUGUGUGCUUGUGGUGAUCGUGGUGCUCCUGGCAGCCUUCUGGGCCUAUAAGAAAUUCUUUUCACAGAAUGGGGAAACCCCACAGCCUGUUUGGAGGGCACAGGAGCUGCUGAACCUCUGGAUCCUGGGUAGGAUUUCAGAUUUCCCAAGGAACAAUGAGCGUCUGAAGAGCCUGAGCUAUUUUGGGAUUUGUCUGUACUACACUGAAAAUGACACCUGUUACGCACAGACACAAAUGAGAAGAAUUACAAGCUCCUGGUUUCUCAGAUAUGAUUCUGCAGAAAAUGGAACGGGAUCCUGCGAGCCAGGGACCUGGGAGAGCAGCACAGGCUCCGCUGUGGGGUGAAGGGGAUGACCCUGGUGAACCGAACAGCCAGACACCAGUACAAAAAAUAUAAAAAAGUCUGUUGGAGCUGAUGCAAGGGGAAAUCAAGCCUCCAUGUGACCAGAAGAAGUAGUGCAUGAUCAACUAAAUGCCACAAUACAUGGUUUCUUAUGCAAUCGAGCCCAUGGGAGUUCAAGCCUUGCACAUACACUUUGUGGCCAAAGCUGCGAGGAUUAACUCCUUCGGUUAACGACGGCGAGAGCGCCCGGCUCCUGAAAUGAGUCACCCUCACUGAAGUAGGCCAGUGUUUGCUGCCAUGGGAAGCUGCCUGUGCUGGUUUCAGUUACCCCUGAGUUAUCUCAGAAGCUCCAACGUGCAGGGUCAGGGCGGAUUUUCCACGUUCCCCGUUUUCCCCCCGGGUUUGCACCGCUCCAGCUCGGUGCAGGCAGACGGGGACCACCUCGCUGGAGCCACGAGCCCCACGGAGCUCUGGAUGAGCAAGGUGAAGCACUUGGAGCCUCAGGAAUGGGACAGUUGACUGGUGCUUUUAGCUCACAGCAGUUUUGUCAGUGGUGUGGUAUAUUAAGAAGGUAAAAUGAAGGUUUGGUUUAUUUCAAAUUAUCUCUUUUCGGUUGCUUUUUGGUAUGCAUUUUAUGGUUUGCUUUCAUUUAAAAAUCACCAACCCUGGAAUGUUUCUAGGUUUACCUGACUGUUAAGUACCUUCUGCUGGCACUCAGGCUCCCAAGAAGACUCAAGGCCACACUGCCCUGUGCACAACUAAGUGUGUAACUAAGAAGACUUGGCACAGUGGGAAACUUCAGCACUUGGAUGUGAGUAAUGAGGCCUAAAAUAAUUAAAGUCAUGUUCUGAUGCUGUUGGUGAGAAUUUGGCAUUUUCUGUAAAGAAAUAGAGGCCAUGAUUCCACAGUAGAAAUUUAGGCUGCUCUUCUAAGUGGAGCCCAUGUACGUAUUUUAUACUGGUUUUGGGGUUCUUUUUGCCCUUUUUUUUUUUUUUUCCCCCUCCGAAGUCUAAAAGCAGGAAACAGAGCUUUGGUUUUGUAAGAACUGCCUAUGAGGGUACAAAGUCCUGGGCUAGAAAGCAAGCUUGGUAAAUGGAAGUUGGAAGCAGAGAUCAGUAUUUCCAUGUGAAUGGCAGUGUAAGAAUCCAUUCCAAAACGAGGGCUCACAGCUGAUCACAGCUGGGCCAUGGGUUAAAAAAAUUUAAAAACUUUUUAUAGUGUAGACACUGGAACAAGAUUUCACAACUUAUAAGUGGAGCAGUUCAGGCUGGAUGUUGGGGGGGAAAAUUUUAUCUUGAGGAGAGUGGGAAGGAUGGAACCCCCAGACAUCAAAAGUCUGCUGUCAUUGACAGUUUUCCUCAGCACCAUGAAAGGAUCAGGGAGCAAUUCCUCAGUGAGCACAGGAAGUGUGGGCUUGCACUGCUUCUGCGCCAAACUGGACCUAGAGGUUCAUCCUCAGUUCUCCGGCGUGUCCCGUGCGAUUCUCCGCCGUCACGCUGCGAUGACCUUAAUAGCAAUAACAUAUGGAGGCUGACAUUCCAGACAUCUCCCCCUCGUGCACAUCACUGCUGCUCUUGUGGGUGAUAAAAUAACCUCGGCCAUCCACUGAGGAAGGCCCUCGGUCUUUUUUAACAAUGAAGGAAACCCUCGUGGUCCUGCCCGCACUUCCAGCUUCCUGCUGGCGAAGCCUUGGCUCGGCUUUUGGUUUAAAUGCCAUCGGCCACACCUUCCUCCACUGCAGGAAACACAUUGUUAAAAUCAGGGCAUGUUCCUGUUUAACUAAAAGGCUGAGAUAAAUAAUCCAAAGGCCCUGAUUAUGCCAAACAAAUUCCUGCCCGAGACGCAGCAAGUCUGGGCAGCUGUAAAUCUGUAACCCCCCGACCUCGGCACCCACGGAAGGGAUGUCUUGGCACACCCCCGGGGGAGCGGCUGGGGAUAAAGGGAGGGAGCAAAGAACCAGGCAGAGGUGGGCAGGGGAAUGCAAAAGUUCCUUCCCUUUACCAACCCCGAGUCCUAAAAGUUGCUUUAAAAUGCAAAGUCGUCCGUUUCUCAAGUGUUGAUGUGGGGGAGCUCUUUUCCAAGACCUUUGAUUUGUCCUUACAAACAAAGUAAGUUUUGGCCUUACAAACAACUCACCACCUCAGUGAAAUGACCGUUUCCAACAAAAAUCUGUCUCGGCACAGAAUUCCCAGCCAGCUCCAUUCAGGGAAUAUCUUCAGAAACAGGAACAUGUAGCCCACCUGCCAGGACUAUUUCCCCUAAACCUCACCAAUUGGAGGGUGGGCAAUUUUUAAAUUUUUCUUUUGACUGUUGUCAUAAAAAAUCAUCCUUAAAAAAACCCUUAAAUUAACUCUUUGCUGUAGCAAAACAAUUGUCUGCAUUGACCACAAAUAAAGGAAUUUUAGUUGUUGCUUAGGGAAACAGGCAAGUUUUUCGUGUUUUCUUAUUAGAAUCAAUAAAAUUUUGCAUAUGGGAAGGCUGAGUAAAAUAAAGGUUAAAUAAUUUGACCCACAUUGUAUGUGGAAUCAGAGUCAAAGCUGAUAGGGAGGUUUGGGCGUUCCUUGCUCCCAGAUUUUAUUCAAGUUGUGCCUCUUAAUUAUAGUCCUUAUUGUCCAGAAGGCCCCCAGUUAAUUAGUGAGACAUAACCAUCAUGUGAGACAGAAGCUGCUGGAGCAGCCUGGCUUUGGGAGGAGAUGGAUAAGGAAUUAUUUCGAGGAGACACUUCCUUUCAGUUUUCAAAGCAAAGCAGAAAUAAAAGUUUGAAGCCUUCCUUCUGUUUUCACGUGUGCAUAGAGAACAACAGACAGUUCAUGGUCUUUUAGUGCCACCCUGACAGCCACCGGGACAUGCAGAUUUCCAGGAAACUGGAGGCUCGGAAUUCCAAAAUAGGAAUAUUUGCUAACGCAGCAACCAGAGUCCAUGAAGGGAUAUUUUACAAUGUUUUUCCUACUGUGACUACAGGAGAAAAGUUACAGAGUCACAACAAACGUUUAGUUUUUUUCUGAAAGGUUUAUUGUUUUCCAGACAAAUUCAGUUAGUGAAUUCCAGAGGUGUGGCCAGUGAGUCCUUUUCUCUGCCAGCCCAGUGCAUACACAUAAAAUCACAGAAUCCCAGAAUGGUUUGGGGUGGAAGGGACCUUAAAGAUCAUCUCAUCCCACCCCCUGCCAU